CACACUCCUCUCACACUGAAUGUGAGCGUCUCACCAGCAAGGAUGACUGGAGGAGUUGGGGCUGCAUAGGCUUCAGCGUGUGAUUGUGCGUGGGUGCACGAGGGUGUGCAUGUGUCUGGGCGGACUCCCGCUGUAAUGGUGCGCCAUGUGUGACUGUGCUGACCACGACAGCCACCCUGUCCACAGCAGAGACUCUCUCAGCAUGCAGAUGGUGUGAGCAGUCAGGGGAAAAGUUUUUAACAGCUUGUCCGAGCUUCAGCUAACUCAAUCUACUCUGCACACACUGAACCAGUCCAGGAGGGGAGCAGACCCAGCAGCAGCAGCAGAAGCAGAGGCAGAAGCAGAAGAGCUGGACUGCAACUUCAGCUUGUCUCAGCCCCGGAAUUUCUAUUGUUGUUGAUUGAUUGCCUGUCACUGGAUUGGAUAAAAUAGUUGUGCAUCACCACACGUCACAGCUCUAGGAUUAAACAAGGCUGUUUAUUUGAAAGAUCAGAGCUGCUGUAAUGGACGACCAGUGUGUGUCCCACAGCAGUCCCCAGCGCAGCAGAGGUCAGGCCAGCACAGAAGUACAGAGGCAGGGGCGGUCGAAUGUCAUCAGGUGUGGGUGGCUCAGGAAGCAAGGAGGUUUUGUCAAGACUUGGCACAGUCGUUGGUUUGUGCUGCGAGGGGACCAGCUCUACUAUUACAAAGACGAAGAGGAGACCAAAGCCCUGGGAGCCAUUUUCUUACCUGGAAACAAAGUGACAGAGCAUCCAACCAGCGGCGAUGAAGGGGGGAAAUUUCUUUUCGAGGUCAUUCCAGGGGGAGACAGAGAGCGGAUGACAGCCAACCAUGAGACCUACCUUCUUAUGGCCAGCACCCAGAAUGACAUGGAGGAUUGGGUGAAGACAAUCCGCAGGGUCAUCUGGGCACCUUUUGGUGGAGGAAUUUUUGGUCAGAAGUUGGAGGAAACAGUGCGGUAUGAACGCCGGUAUGGGAACAAGCUUGCCCCUAUGCUGGUGGAGCAGUGUGUUGAUUUCAUUCGGCAGUGGGGCCUUCGGGAGGAGGGCCUAUUCAGGCUGCCCGGACAGGCAAACCUGGUCAAAGAGCUGCAGGAUGCCUUUGACUGUGGAGAGAAACCCUCCUUUGAUUGUAACACAGAUGUGCAUACAGUGGCCUCUCUACUGAAGCUGUAUCUCAGAGAGCUGCCGGAGCCCGUCAUCCCCUUCCACAAGUAUGAUGAGUUCUUGGCAUGCGCCAAGCUCCUUGGCAAGGAUGAUGAAAUGGGUAUGAAGGAGUUGAGAGGGCUUGUGGAAAGUCUACCUCCAGUGAACUACAACCUUCUCAAGUACAUCUGCAGAUUUCUAGAUGAAGUACAGUCAUAUUCAGGAGUGAAUAAAAUGAGUGUUCAGAACUUGGCCACAGUCUUCGGGCCAAACAUCUUGAGGCCAAAGGUUGAGGAUCCAGUAGCCAUUAUGGAAGGUACUGUUCUGGUCCAGCAGCUCAUGGCCGUUUUGAUUGGCCGCCACGACGUGCUAUUCCCUCAAAAUGAGGACAGCCCCACAGCCCUCGAGCUCGUCAAUAACAACAACAUUGAACUACCGCGGCGACAAGCCACCACAACUACCUCCGCCAUCGCCACAGUGUCUCAGAAUGCAGAGAACAACAACACGCCAGGUGGUCCGACUUGUGUUUGGGAAACACCUGAGUCCCCUUCGCACCGGCAACACGUAGACAACAGUGGCUCCCCACGAUCAGGAAGUCCUCGUAAUGGUGUCGUAGGACGUUUUGACGUUGCCCGAAGUCCACCGCUGACUGUUAAAAAGAACCCGGCGUUCAAUAAAGGCAGUGGGAUUGUUACGAAUGGGUCCUUCAGCUCCUCGCCUUCCUCAGAUCCCAGUCAAGAAAAGAGCCAGACUCUGAGUGGAGGUGGGAGCUUACCGGUGCGGCGCAGUGGGACACUCAAAGGCUCAGGCACUAAAAUGGGCACCAGUGGUGUGGCGAGUGGAAGCAGCACUGGAGGGAAUGGGACUGGAGUUGUGCGAAUGGGAAUUUCAGGCACUGACGCGGUCACAGGGAGUCUGAACGGCCGCAAUGGCCUCUGGGUACCAAAUGGCUGCGUCACGUUACGGGUGAACAAUAAAUCGCGAGAAUGCUCCAAUGGGGAACAAACAACCAAUCAGAAUCGUCUCUCCACGUACGAUAAUGUCCAGUUAAACCACCAGAACCUGCAGCUACAGAACCAGAUCACCAACACAUGUCUGAACAGCAGCUGCGAGGACAAGCAGAGCGUAGACAGCGCCACCUGGUCCACCUCCUCCUGUGAAAUCUCCCUUCCUGACAACUCCACUUCCUGUCGAUCCUCCACUACUACCUGCCCCGAGCAGGAUUUCUAUGGAGGUCAUUUCGAAGACUUGGAUGGACCAGCGCAGGAUAAUGAACCUCCACAGUCCAGUGGAGGAGGAGAGGGGGAGGGAAGAAGCAGCAACAGGGAAGGAGGAGGAGAUGGAGCAGGGAGGAGCAGUCGGGGCACCAGCAGUAGUGAUAAUAGUGAUGGUUUCCCUGUUGGCAAUGGACCCGGCAGCCACAGCGCUCUGCACAGUUUAGUGGCCAGUCUUAAACAGGAGAUGCACAAGCAGAAGACUGAGUAUGAGGCCAGGAUAAAGAGCUUGGAGCAGCGCAACCUGGAGCUGGAGACAGAAAUGGUGAGCCUCCACGAGGAGCUGGAUCAGGAGAGGAAGAAGUACACCAUGUCGGAGAUCAAGCUGCGCAACGCAGAGCGUGCCAAGGACGACGCCGAACGGCGGAAUCAGAUGCUGCAGAAGGAGAUGGAGCAGUUUUUCUCCACGUUUAGUGACCUCACCGCAACUGGCAACGCCACAGCCACAGCCACCGACCCCCGCCGACCGGAUCGUAACAAUGCCAUCUGGAUACAGUGAGGGAAGCCCAGGAAUGCGGGGCUGAGAUUCUAGGGAAGACUGGAAAUUGUUAAUUAUAUGAUGUGAACGUUACACGGGCUUCAGACAGGAUUUGGCUGCUGUGUGUAGAGGGCAGGUUGGGAAGUUAAAUUGCAAAGGUUAAUGGCAUGUUUUAAUUUAAGAAAUAAGGUGGUGUACUGCUAAUGCUAGCCACCUGUGUAAAUGUAGACAUCACCUGGAGUGAUGUCAGAAUAAUAUUAUCUGUAAAUACAGCAUAAUUCAAACCAUUUUCAGACACUCUCCAACCUUCUUAGAAACUAAUGUGGUACUCAUCUGACUUGGAAGUGCAGUAAAGGAACAGUACACCAUAGUCGAAGAUGAUAUACAGUACUACUGUUAUUUUAUAUUAGCUCCUAGAGCCAGAUAGGAAGGAGGGCAAAACAUUUUAAAAGGUUGUAGUCAGCGAAAAAAAUAAAAAUACCAGCCUUGGACCUGAAAACAGCUGAAGACCAUGUCAAAACUCCUCCCUACCAUAAUUCACUUUUAAAAACCAAAAAAAAAAAAAGAAUCUUAUUGUUCCAUGUAAUUCUGUAUCUACUCAUGUACAUAGAGGGAAAACAAUGCAGAAAAAACACAGCAUCAUCUGUAUGUAAAGAGAAAUGAGAGUAGUACUUAAAUGUUUAUCUGAUAUUUAAGCAAAGUUAUCAAUGUGUGAUAUUUUAUAUCAAGAUUAUUUUCCUUGCACUUACAUGUUUGUUUAGUGUCUCAGCAAGGUGGUACUGAAUGUUCCGUCGGUCAGUGCGUGUUAUCAUUUAAAUUGGACAAUAUACUGUAUAUGUGCCUGUGCUUCUGUGCUGUUACAUUUACCCCAUGACCAAAAAAAAAAGAGCCUGUACUGUAAAUAUUUUAUAGAUAAUCGUAGACACUACUUGUUUAGUCUGUACUGUGGUUUUGAGCAUAUUCAGAUGGAUAUGGCACGUAUUAUAAAUGGAUAUUGAUUGACAAAUGUUUUGUAGCUUGUAAAAUAAAUUUGCACGGUGACGACUUGCACGAUGGGUCAUUGGCGUAAACCCCAGAUAAAAUAAAAAUAUCUAUCAUGAUUAGUAAUUUCAGGUGACAAAACGCACUCUCCCCACUAAGAGAUGUGUAGCUGGUGUCGUUGUAUGGAUGCUCCCUGGGGAGUUUAUAGUCUGCGUCUGAGCAUACGAGAUACCAGUUUUAAAAAUACUUCCCUCUAGUCUUCUGACAAUUUAUUCACCUGACGCAGCUGGUUUUCAUCCUGACCUAGCACAAGAUGACAAGCUGCAUGUACAACACAAAGUUGUGCUUUUGGGUCGUAACUGUGAAAAAAAGGGGAUUACAGCAUCAAGUGUGUCAACACACUUGACAUAAACAGCCUGGUUGCUAAAUUCAGUAGCAAGUAGUGUGCGCAUGAUGGUGCAUGGAGUCCACGAGGGUCGCUGUACAACAAGUGAAUGUCUAUAAAGUGACUGCAUAAUGAUGAAGUCUUCACAAGUGUAUUUGUUUAGCUUUAAACCAAAUGUCUACACAUUAUGUGGAUUUGCUAAUGGGUACAAAACAGGACGCAUCUGAGUACAGACCAGGACUGGACUUCUGGAAGUUUAUGUGUGUGUGUGUGUGUGUGUGUGUGUGUGCACAGGCCUGCUGCUGGCUACUUUUUCCUCUGGAGACCAGGUCCCAUUUAAACCUGCUGCUGGACAUUGCAGGACAUCUGGAAUGUGCACACGGACGGAGGGGAAAAAAGUGCCUGAACAACUGAAGGAGGGAGGGGAGCCUGUGCUUCUCAUUUUGCACCCUUCACCGGGAAAUAAUAGGCUUAAGCCAAGUUGACAGUGUCACCUCAUUCUGUGAAUUCCACACAAAGAGAGCAGAUUACGGACACAGCAAGAGGGAGAGGAGGGCUGGGCUGGUGGAAUAUUUUCAUGACAUGAUACUUGAUACACAAAGGAACUUUGAAAAAUGACUUAAUAUGAAUAAAGGUGCAUUUUCAUGUGA